AUGGACUCCAAGGCCACCUUUAAACGGGGCUCCCUCAAACGCACCACAUCUGGCUCACAGAAGCGUCAGGCUCAGGUCAGUGAAGAAGUUUCAUGUCCUUUGGGAUUCAGUGGAGCACUUCACUGGGAGAGCAGCAGCAGCAGACCUCCUCUCUGCUCUCUGGGUUUUACCUCCAGCAGCACUACUGAUAGGACCCUGCACCUCGGACUCUGUGCCGCAAGAGCUUGGAUUGAGAGGACCUUUUGUAAAAGAGAAUGUGUUCACAAAUUUCCCACCAAGGACCCAAACAGAUGUGCCUGUGGUCAGCUGACAACGCAGCACGUGGCCAUCCCCGCUGGGGCCAACUCGCUGGAGGAAGCAAACCAGCUGGUGCAGAUUGAAGCCCAGAAGGAUAAAUGGAACGUGGUAAAACACACCCGGACUUACCCGACGGACUCCUUUGGCACAGUGGAAUUCCAGGGUGGAGGAUUCAUCAACAAAGCCAUGUAUAUCCGAGUUUCCUAUGACACCAAGCCGGACAACAUCCUGCAUUUGAUGGUGAAGGACUGGCAGUUGGAGCUGCCAACUUUGCUCAUCUCCGUGCACGGAGGUCUGCAAAACUUCGACCUCUCGCCCAAACUCAAGCAAGUGUUUGGCAAAGGCCUGAUAAAAGCCGCCGUCACCACCGGGGCUUGGAUCAUCACGGGGGGAGUCAACACUGGGGUGAUGCGUCAUGUUGGAGACGCCUUAAAGGACCAUUCCUCCAAGUCACGUGGGAAGGUGUGUGCUAUAGGAAUAGCUCCAUGGGGGAUCCUGGAAAACAAGGAGGAUCUCAUUGGGAAAGAUGUGACCAAACCCUAUCAGACGAUGGCGAACCCACUGAGUAAGCUGGCUGUGCUCAACAACAGCCACUCCCACUUCAUCUUGACUGACAACGGCACCUGUGGGAAGUAUGGCUCUGAGGUCAAACUUCGCCGGCUGCUGGAGAAGCACAUCUCCUUGCAGAAGAUCAACACACGUUUGGGUCAGGGGGUUCCUCUGGUGUGUAUGAUAGUGGAGGGAGGUCCCAACGUGAUCUCCAUCGCUUUGGAGAGUCUGAGAGACGAGCCUCCUGUCCCCGUGGUGGUGUGUGACGGCAGCGGACGAGCUUCUGACAUCAUCUCCUUCGCACACAAGUAUUCAGAGGAAGGAGGCAUGAUUAAUGAUGAUGCCAGAGAGCAACUUUUGGUAACUAUUCAGAAGACUUUCAACUAUAGCAAAAGCCAAUCACAGCAGAUCCUGCUCAUGGUUACGGAGUGCAUGAAGAAAAGGGAGCUGAUCACAGUUUUUCGGAUGGGUUCUGAGGGACAACAAGAUAUUGAAAUGGCCAUUCUUACAGCCUUGUUAAAAGGCACCAAUGCUGCAGCAGCUGAUCAGCUGGGCUUGGCUCUGGCCUGGAACAGAGUUGAUAUUGCUCGCAAUCACAUUUUUGUUUAUGGACACAAUUUGCCACCUGCCGGUGCAAUGGCCAGUGCUACCUCUUUAGCCUCCACCCAGGACAAGCAGAGGAGUCCUGCCAGAGCCCCUAAAAGCAAAGCCCGGGGAAAGAAGGGAAAGGGGAAGGGAAAAUCAAAGCCUGAACUUCCAGAGGAAACAGAUCCAAGGAAGUUGGAGAUCAUUCGCUGGGUGAACUCUCUGGAGCAGUCUAUGAUGGAUGCUCUGGUGCUCGACAGAGUGGACUUUGUCAAACUGCUCAUUGAAAACGGGGUCAAUAUUCACCACUUUGUCACAAUUCCCAGACUGGAGGAGUUAUACAACACGAAACUUGGCCCUAUUAAUUCACUCAAUGGUGUGGUUAGGGACAUCAAAAAGGGAAACCUUCCUCCAGAUUAUCAGAUCACUUUGAUCGAUAUUGGUCUGGUGUUGGAGUGCUUUAUGGGCGGAGCUUACAGGAGCAAUUACACAAGGAAGGCCUUCCGCAACCUCUACAAUAAUUUAUAUGGACUUAAAAGGCCAAAGGCUCUAAAGCUUCUAGGAAUGGAGGAUGAUGAACCAAGGGGAAAGGGAAAGAAAAGGGGAAAAAAGAAGAAAGAGGAAGAGGUAGAAAUUGAUGUCGAUGACCCAGAGGUGUGUCGAUUCAAGUUCCCCUUUCAUGAGCUGAUGCUAUGGGCGGUGCUGAUGAAGCGUCAGAAGAUGGCGCUGUUUCUGUGGCAGCGUGGAGAAGAAGCUAUGGCCAAAGCCCUGGUGGCCUGUAAACUGUAUAAAGCCAUGGCCCAUGAGUGCUCUGAGAGUGAACUAGUGGAUGACAUCUCCCAAGACCUGGAAAACAACUCCAAAGAAUUUGGCCAGCUGGCUUACGAGCUGUUGGACCAGUCCUACAAGCAUGAUGAACAGGUGGCCAUGAAACUCUUAACAUAUGAGCUGGUUAACUGGAGUAACUCCACCUGUCUAAAGUUGGCUGUGGCUGCUAAGCAACGUGAUUUCAUUGCCCACACCUGCUGCCAGAUGUUGCUCACCGACAUGUGGAUGGGAUGCCUGAGGAUGGGCAAAAACCCUGGCCUUAAGGUUAUUCUGGGAAUCGUCUUUCCUCCGCUGAUUCUACUGUUGGACUUCCGUCUUGCAGAAGAUGCAUCCUAUAAUGCACCUGGCCAAGAACAGGGAAAAGACAAGGAUGACGAUGCAAAAUCCAGCAAGGACGGUAAUGAUGCAACUUCCCGAAAGGGGGAUGAAGAAGAGGGCGCCACUCAUGUCCGUAAAAUCCCAAUAGCAACUAGGAUCUUUGAGUUUUAUAAUGCGCCAUUCACCAAAUUCUGGUUCAACACUAUUUGCUAUUUGGGCUAUUUGAUGUUGUACAACUACAUAAUCCUGGUGAAAAUGGAGCGAUGGCCAUCCUUACAAGAGUGGACUGUCGUCGCAUACAUCGUCACACUUGGCUCUGAAAAGAUCAGACAGAUUCUGAUGUCAGAGCCGGGGAAGCUGAAACAGAAGAUAAGUGUGUGGAUGGAGGAGUACUGGAACAUCACAGACCUGGCUGCCAUUUGCACCUUCCUUUUCGCACUAAUGCUACGGCUGCAGAAUGAACCUUACCUGGGCUACGGCAGAGUCAUCUACUGCAUAGACAUCAUCUUCUGGUACAUCCGUGUACUGGACAUCUUUGGAGUCAAUAAAUACCUGGGACCCUAUGUGAUGAUGAUAGGGAAGAUGAUGAUAGAUAUGUUGUACUUUGUGGUGAUCAUGCUGGUGGUGCUUAUGAGCUUUGGAGUGGCUCGGCAGGCCAUCCUUCACCCUGAUGAGGAGCCGACAUGGCGCCUGGCCAGAAACAUCUUCUACAUGCCCUACUGGAUGAUAUACGGAGAGGUUUUUGCGGACUCGAUAGACCUCUAUGCUAUGGAAAUCAACCCUCCAUGUGGUGACCAUUUAUAUGACGAGGAUGGGAAGAAACUACCGCCAUGUAUCCCUGGUGCCUGGCUCACCCCUGCCCUCAUGGCCUGUUAUCUUCUGGUGGCAAACAUUCUUCUGGUCAACUUGCUUAUUGCAGUUUUCAACAACACUUUCUGCGAAAUCAAGUCAAUUUCCAACCAGGUGUGGAAGUUUCAGAGAUAUCAGCUGAUCAUGACGUUCCACGACCGCCCCAUCAUGCCGCCACCUCUCAUCAUCUUCAGCCACCUCUACAUCCUCUUCAACAGGCUGUUUCGGCGGUGUGUUAAGAAGAAACAAGAGGGAGAGCUGGAUGAAAAGGACCGCGGACUCAAGCUUAGGCUGAAUCCAGAGGAGCUCAAAUUUCUGUACGAGUUUGAAGAACAGUGUGUGGAGGAAUAUUUCCGUGAGAAAGAGGACGAGCAGCAGUCCUCAACUGACGAACGUAUCAAGGUUACUUCAGAAAGAGUUGAAAAUAUGUCUAUGCGUCUAGAGGAGGUAAACGAGAGGGAGAACAACAUGAAGGCCUCCCUGCAGACAGUGGAUCUGCGCUUGGCACAGCUAGAGGAGAUCCACGGACGAAUGGCAGUCGCACUGGAAAAGCUUGCAGGGGUAGACAGACUGGAACUGACCAGAACCUACUCACGAAACUCCUCUGUGUGUGACCCCUCCUCCCUCCUUCGCCAGGGCAGUAUUAACAGCGCUGAUGGUUACAGUCUUUACCGCUUCCACAUGGACAUGGAAGACUUUGCAGCAAAGCAGAAGACAGAUGAGACAACUAAAAGUGGUGUAGAGAGAGAAAAGAGUCUCCGGCAAGCCUCCGGUAGAUGUUCUCCAAACAAAAAUGAAGGUGGUCAGACCAUAGAGGUUGCUGGUUUGGAGAGAUCGGGUGUGGAAAUUCUCAUAUCUCCUUGUAAACAAAAGCCUAUUUCUGCAGCAUCAAGUCAUGAGAUCUUAUCCAAUAUAAGACAAGGCAAAACAGUGCUAGAUAGCCUUAUGCCUUCUUCCCCGCCAACAAGGACUAGGUCUUUGCGAUACCAUCCAGUUGAUGACCAAGCCACCCCUCCUUUAACAAAGAGAAGGUCUAUGAGCACCAUCAUUAUCAGCCCACCUGAUGAACCCGUAGAAGCAGAGGAACCCACAAAGAAGCCCGAACUGCCGCCAAGGACAUCCUCUUCACCAAAGAGGACAACAUCUUUAAGAUACUAUCCAGUCGAAGACCAAGCCACCUCUCCUGUAACAAAGAUGAGGUCUAUGAGCACCAUCAUCAUCAGCCCGCCUGAUGAACCCGUAGAAGCAGAGGAACCCAUGAAGAAGCCCGAGCUGCCGCCAAGGACAUCCUCUUCACCAAAGAGGACAACAUCUUUAAGAUACUAUCCAGUCGAAGACCAAGCCACCUCUCCUAUAACAAAGAUGAGGUCUAUGAGCACCAUCAUCAUCAGCCCGCCUGAUGAACCCGUAGAAGCAGAGGAACCCACAAAGAAGCCCGAACUGCCGCCAAGGACAUCCUCUUCACCAAAGAGGACAACAUCUUUAAGAUACUAUCCAGUCGAAGACCAAGCCACCUCUCCUGUAACAAAGAGGUCUAUGAGCACCAUCAUCAGCCCGCCUGAUGAACCUGUGGAAGCAGAGGAAACCAUGAAGAUGCCCGAACUGCCGCCAAGAAUAUCCUCUUCACCAAAGAGGACAAAAUCUUUGAGAUAUAUCCCUUCUGAAAUCCAAAACCAGACUUCCCCUACCACAAAUAAGAGACCCAUGAGCAGCAUCGUCUACAACCCAGCGGAUGCAAGUGUUGAAACUGCAGACUACAGAUCAGUAGUGGAGCAGGUCUCUCAAACACCAAAUCGGUGGCCAGAAAACUUGGAGUACCAGGUGCACCCUAGCGCAGUUGGCCACAUGCCUAAAGUUUCAACAGUGAGAACUAUCGCCCAGCAGUUUAACAGUGGCACUGCACCUACAGAGCCUAAAAAAGAGGAAAUUCAGACGGAUCUUGUUCCUUUAGAAAGUGAGGGAGCUCUUCCAGCAGCAGAACAAACGACAGACCAAACUAAGAUGAAGGCCAAGAGAAUCCUCUCAGACACGACCGAGUAUCUGACUGUAGCUGAUGCAAAGAAUUUGCCUUCUCACAGGUCACAGAGCUUUAAUCUGAACAAGAGAGAAAAGGUGGUGAACAAGGAACCAAGAGCCUCCAGCAGCGAGAGAGACAUCUUACAAGUCUGCACGGUGGUGGGGGGAGAGGAGGGCGGGAUGAUGGAGGCAGAGAAAAAAGAAGAUGAUGCACAGGAAAAUAAUUAAUAGCCACAAAAAAAGGAGAAAUGAAAUACAGAAUAGGGAAUACAAAUAAGGAACUGAUGCUACCAUUGAGCAAGGAAACA